CUUGUCGCUACCUGCCCAGGGCACACCUAGCAGCCAGGGAGACGCUGAGAGAACACAAAAAAUAACACAGGGAUUGGUGAUGAAUCUACCUCACUAACAUAUCUCUGUGUACCCUGCAGCCCACACCAUACACCUUGGAGAUACCUAGGGGUCUGCAUGCAGGAAUGAAUAUUUACCUUCAGGGGACCAUUCCUACUCACCAUGAGAGUUUUACAUUACGCUUCUCUAUGGGUCAACAAGAAGGUUCAGACGUUGCCUUCCACAUGAAAGCUUGCUAUGAUGGCCGUGAUAGGGUUGUCUUCAAUUCAUAUGAGGCUGGGGCAUGGAUGGAAGAAGAGCUAAAGAAAGAAAUGCCCUUUCCACCUGGAGAACUGUUCAUGCUGAAUGUAGAAGUCCAUGAGAAGGAAUAUCAGGUAUUGGUGAAUGGAUCUCCUUUCUACAAUUUCACUCACAGACUGCCCCUAGGCCAGGUCAAUCAGCUACGAGUGGAUGGAGAUAUAACAGUGUCCAAUAUUUGCAUCUGCUCCAGGGACAGUGUCUAAUUGUGUGCCUUUUGAACCUCUGUGCAGAAAUCAAUAGAGAAGACGAAAUACUGAAUCCCAACAAUGGACAUCCUGAUAUCUGUCUGGAAAUCAGUAAAUCUGUAACAUAUAGUUAUGAGUGUUUGCACUUAUCCUGAUAAAGAUUUGUCUAGAUAAUAAAACCUGAUAAUAUUAAAAAGAUGUCUGUAUAUGAAUCUAGAAAUAAACAUGUCUUGAUAAUAUA